UAAGUCUUCCUACAAGUGUAAACAAAGAUUUAAUUCGGAGAAGAAGCUCAUGUCCAGCAGCAUAUUUAGCUCAUAUUUGUGCCCUAAACCUCCAGACACGAUGGGAGAACAAACUAAAGAAAAUCCGCUACACAUCUCGUGGCACGACAGCAUGUGGAUCCCGCACCUCAACUCCACCAACGUCAUGGACUACUUUGCGGAGAGGACGAAUCCCUUCUACUCACGCGACUGCAAUAAUGAGUUCAUCAAGAUGCAACAGAACACGAGGGUGGAUCAGCUGACCCACAUGCAGGGCGUAGAGUACAUGCUGCUCCACACACAGGAACCGAUCCUGUACAUUAUCAGGAAGCAGCACAGGUACUCCCCAACACAGGUCACUCCACUGGCCAACUACCAUAUUAUUGGUGGCCAGGUGUACCAGACGCCUGAUCUGGGUUCUGUCAUCAAUUCCCGAGUGCUGGGAGCUGUCAGCAACCUCAACAGCGCCUUCACAGAGAUGCAGUCGUUUUCGCACUACCAUCCGUCCAGAGGGUACUGGUGGCAGUUCAGGAAUCAGGGCGACCAAACGGAGCAGCAGAAGAAGGAGAAGGAGAAGAAGGGACAAGUGAAGAAGGAGGAGCCUGCGUCACUCUUCCAACAGAGACGUGUAGAUUCCCUCCUCGAAGAUCUCCAGACUAGAUUCCCGUACAAGUACCCAACAGUGCCACAGCAACCACAGAAUGCACAGAACCAACAACAGGAGGGAUCGAAAGCAGGUGAAGACACAAAACCAGAUGUGAAAAUGGAAGUGAAGGUGGAGGUCAAGACAGAGAUCAAGACUGAGCCCUCCUCGCAGACGCCAUCCCAACGCACGGCCAAACCCCCGCCCGAGAAGCGCCAGAGAACGGGUCCUUGACUCUGGUGCCGAGAUAUACCCUACGGAUACCUCUCUGGUCAUUCUUUAAGACUGAAUUCCUCAGUGAUAUGUCUCUGAUAUCCCUCAAGUUCUUACUAAGAUGUUAUUUAAGUACCUUUUUUGAUACCCCUCAGAGGUUCCUCAAAUGUCCCUCAAAUACCUCAUGUCCUCUUUUAAGGUUUGCCGAAAAAGGGUUACACGUGUUCUGUCUAUGCGCGCUGAGGAACAGAGCUUGGAUGAUGGUUGUCCACAGGAGAUAUGCCGAUUUCAGGGAUAUUGUGUGAAUAAAGUUUUAAUUUAAGCAUGUUCAUAAGUGGUUUUUGAAAGUAUACUUGGGAUACUGAAUGAAUAGUGGGAAAAAGAUGAAGGUGGAAGAGUGAAAAUGAAUAAAUUAUUGAAUUCUCUAUUA